CUAGCAGUGUUGGCGGUCGCGACUCGAGCCCACAUGUCGCUGUGGUAUCCGCCUCCUCUAGGUGGCAGUCUGCAAGCAAACCCCUUGACAACACAGGUGGACAACGAACUCAACUUUCCCAUCGGAUGCUGUGAUUCUGACGGCAGGCCAACACUACCCUCUCCUGGAGACUGUCGUGGCCAUCUCAAUCUUCUGAACACAGAAGAAGGCCGUCCGCAGGUAACAUGGGAACCAGGCCAGGACGCAUACUUCCAGCUGUCUGAUCACACGUACACCGUUGAUGCUCCAGGAUCGACGCACUAUGGCGGAAGCUGUCAGAUCGGCUUCUCCGUGGACAGAGGCCAGACCUGGAAAGUCGCAGCUUCGUACCAUGGGAACUGCCCCCACCGGCAGGAGGAUGAUCCCCAGGUCUUCCACUUCAAGGUUCCUCUGAACAUGCCAAGCGGGCCAGCUGUCUUUGCUUGGAUCUGGCUGAAUCGAGAGCACGAGUCUUUCAUGAACUGUGCCUCAGUCCAGAUCGGUGCAGGCUCUAGCAGGAACACUACACCCACGAAUCCGAGUAGUACGGCUGAUUCGAUCAUGUACUACACUCCACUUCCAACUCCUACGGGUGAAGCUCCGACAGAAGAAGAACGACACGGGUCUGAUGGUUGCGAUCAAAACUUGACUAGCCGCAACAUUUCGGGUGAUUCGGGUAUGACUGGAAGUUGGUGGAAUCGCAUCAAGCAUCGCCACAGCAGAAAGCAUGCUCGAUACUACUACUAUGUGCGCAAAACUCAUAGACAUCUAUCGUCUCGAGAGCACCGCCGCAGGCCAGACAGUGUAGCUUCUGACGCUUGCGAUUGGAACGCCGCGCCCAGAAUGGAAACUAGCUACUACUCCGCGGGCGCCAGCUGCGCUCCUGAUGCAAAGCUGGACAACGUAGAGAGCGAUGACUUUGAGAUUGGCUGGAGCGAUGCUUGCGGCAUCGUUGAGGGGGAUGGAGAGUAUACCAUUCAGAACGCCGAAUGU